AGCCAAGGUGCCACUAAUAUGACAACUCUGGGUGGAGCUGUCCCCAGGAUGAUGCGACCAGCUCCGGGACAGAAUUAUCCUCGCAGCGGUUUCCCGUUAGAAGUGUCCACUCCUCUGGGCCAAGGCCGAGUCAAUCAGCUUGGAGGUGUUUUUAUCAAUGGCAGGCCCCUACCCAACCAUAUUCGCCACAAGAUCGUGGAGAUGGCCCAUCAUGGCAUCCGGCCAUGCGUCAUCUCCCGCCAGCUCCGAGUGUCGCAUGGCUGUGUCUCCAAGAUUCUGUGCAGGUACCAGGAGACCGGCUCCAUAAGGCCAGGGGCCAUUGGGGGCAGCAAACCCAAGCAGGUGACGACGCCGGAUGUUGAGAAGAAGAUCGAGGAGUACAAGCGGGAGAACGCAGGCAUGUUUAGCUGGGAGAUCCGGGACAAGUUGCUGAAGGACGGCGUGUGCGACCGAAACACCGUACCUUCAGUGAGUUCCAUCAGCCGCAUUUUGAGAAGCAAAUUUGGGAAAGGGGAAGAAGAAGAAGAAGAAGGGGAGCUGGAGCGGAAGGAAGCGGAAGAGAGCGAGAAAAAGGCCAAACAUAGCAUCGACGGCAUCCUCAGCGAAAGAGCUUCAGCACAACAAUCAGAUGAAGGUUCUGACAUUGAUUCUGAGCCAGAUUUGCCCCUGAAGAGAAAACAACGUCGAAGCAGAACCACUUUCACGGCAGAACAGUUAGAAGAGCUGGAGAGAGCUUUCGAGAGGACUCAUUAUCCUGACAUAUACACCAGAGAGGAACUUGCACAAAGAGCUAAACUCACGGAGGCUCGGGUUCAGGUUUGGUUCAGUAAUCGUCGAGCCAGAUGGAGGAAGCAAGCUGGAGCCAAUCAACUGAUGGCUUUCAAUCACUUGAUUCCAGGAGGCUUCCCACCCUCUGCCAUGCCAACUCUGCCAACUUAUCAGUUGUCAGAAUCUUCCUAUCAGCCUACUUCUAUUCCACAAGCUGUGUCAGACCCAAGCAGUACAGUUCACCGACCUCAGCCUCUUCCACCAAGCACGGUACACCAAAGCAGCCUUCCUUCAAAUCCAGACAGUAGCUCUGCCUACUGCCUACCAAGCACAAGGCACGGCUUUUCCAGCUAUACAGACAGCUUUGUGCCUCCUUCUGGGCCCUCAAAUCCUAUGAACCCUGCCAUUGGCAAUGGCCUUUCACCUCAGGUAAUGGGCCUCUUAACUAACCAUGGAGGAGUCCCUCACCAACCCCAAACUGACUACGCCUUGUCACCCUUAACUGGGGGUUUAGAGCCAACCACCACAGUAUCUGCAAGCUGUAGUCAAAGACUAGAUCACAUGAAAAGUUUAGAUAGCCUGCCAACAUCUCAGUCAUACUGCCCACCAACAUACAGCACUACUGCUUACAGUAUGGAUCCUGUCCCAGGCUAUCAGUAUGGGCAAUAUGGACAAAGUGCCUUUCAUUAUCUGAAGCCAGAUAUUGCAUAAGUGAAUGGUCCAUUUCACAUUAAAGUUGGUCUUGGUCCUGGUCUCAUUCCAGUAUUUGGAAUGGAGCAAUCUUCUCACACAAAAUGAGGCCCAGAAUGCAGAGAUCGUACUAGUGAUAAAUGGGACUAUUCUUUUCUCAUCAGUGCUUUCAAUAAGGUGUUUGAACAGAUUGGGUAAAGCAGCUCAGAAAAUAAAGACCACAAGCAGUAUCACAAAUAAGAGUUCAGUUCACUAUGGCAUUAGCUAAGAACAAAUAAGAAUAAUAAACAUUUUCACAUUGCUGGGCUGAAGUAAGCAUUCCAUUUUUAGACUGAUGAAGAUCCAUGGAUUAACUUGGACAUUGUGAUCUGAAUGCUGCAAAAUUAGAACAUUUUUUUGAAACUUUCAGUGCCGACUUUUGACAGUGCCCAAUUUGCAAAGCAUGGGCUGAAGAACCUUGUUUAACACACUGGAAAAUGACCUUGAAAGGAAAUGUUAAAGUCUGUAGGAUGCUAGACUAGAUGUUUGGAGACUUCCACAAAUAAGUUAUUGGUUAUCUUCUUGUUUUUGUAAUCCUGUUGUUGCUAAGUGUCACAUACAAAAGAACUUUUCUUCAUAACAACAAAUGACUUAUUUUGUAACAUGAAGAAAAGUUUUGCAAGAUUGUUUGUGUUUGAAAUUUUCCUAGUCCAUGUUACCUCCUGAAAGAAACAAGCAAAAAUACAGAAUAACUUUAAUUUCUAUGACUGCUUAACAAUGUGCAAUAUGGCGUACCUCACCAAGCUUUGGCAGCAUCCAAGGCAUUAUAUAUAGAAUUGAAAUUAUAUUUUUUCCAAGUACUUUUAUUUUUACAAUACAUAUUUCACUCUUUUAGUAUGUAGAGGUGUCACAAUUUGCUUGGAUGAUCUCCAUUAGAUCAAAGGGGACUUUGGGGGGAAGAUACUACAUUUAAAAUGCUUAUGUUUACAUUAUUUCUAGAAAAUACAGGGCAUAAAUCACUAUGUCUCUGUAGUUGUUAUGUAAUUUUAAAUUAUACAAUUGCAUCCUAUAUAAUUCAGUGGAAACUAAGGUUUACAUACAUUUUGCAUUGUGACAUUUUCAAAUGUCAAUAAAUUUGUCUUUUGAAAUGUUAGGAGGGACAGGAAGAUGGCAGGCAGUGUUAUUUAUUUUUCUUUAUUCUUGGAAUGGCGAGUGAGGUAGAGCACAAAUUCAUUCCUUUUAGCGUUCAGUUCAAUGAAAUUAGUAAUUUAGUAGAACUAGGAUAUCAUAUAGAACAGGGGUGUCAAACUGCCAGCCCUUGGGCUGGUUGCAUCAUAUGGAUGCCAUGCCCACCCCAGCUCCGGCAAUGCAAAAAAAGUCGUGAUAUGUCGUGACAUGUCAUGUGAUGUGGUGAGUUUGACACCCGUGAUAUAGAAUUUAGUUCACACAUCGGUCUUAAAGAGUGAUUGAACAAAAUACUAUCUUUAUGUUACAUUCUCUAUCAACAACAUAUGUGUUGUAAAAACAAAAAAAAAUCUCAUAUUAAAAAAGCGCAGUAAAUAUUUACUAUUUAUAAUGAAUAAACAGCUAUGAAAACUU